AUGGAUCAAGCGACUUCUACUCAGAAUAAAAGUCAGGAUGAUGUCUGGAUCAAUAUUGGAAGUGACAGUAAUUGUACCCCUUACACCGAAUUUCUAUACGCAAAAUGUCUUGCUUUUGAGGGAUUGUCCCUCUCCAAAUUUGGCUUCUUGCUCAUCCACCCGACGGUUGAGAAGAUUGUGUUGGAGAGUUGCUCCUGGGGAGACACCAGUACGAUCCCGAGCGACACCAGCAUGGCAAAUGCGCACGAGAUCAGAAUGUACGACAUGGAUAUCGACGGUCAUUCUAUUGAGCAGAUCGUCUCAACCUUCCCGCGCCUUCGCAGCAUCACUUACCAACGCCCAUACGCCUUUGAAGAUACCAACUUCGGUGGUAUCGGGUACGGACUGGUCCAUUACGGACAAAAGAUCGAGAACCUAGACAUAACAAAUGAAGAUCUGCGACCUUUCAGCUCGUGGUUCUAUUCCUUGGCCCCAAUGAAAAGUCUCAAGACCCUGGAAAUCAGUCUCGAGCUGCUCAUCGGGUUUCAUGACCAGCCGUACGGCGAUUGGUACGAGUACGAGGGUUCCGUGUUCAACAAGGUAGGAGAAGCCCCAGACUACGACGCGGUCUAUAAUGGUUUCGGCGACUGGACUUUUCUCAACAAGCUGCCCCGAUCCCUCGAGUCGCUCACAAUCGACAUCGAGGAACCGAAGCUGGGCGUCUAUUACAAUACCUACGAGCGCUACGGGGCUAAGUUCGAAGAGCUCAUCUCGUCUCGUCGCUUCAGCAAGCUCGAACGCGUCAUUGCUCCUGGAAUGGACAAAGUCGCAGAAAGAAUCCGCGACAAGCUUCCUAACUGGGUGGUGGAUAGGUCUGGUUGCAUCUUGAAGCGAAUCGCGCCGCCUCCUCCAGCUGCAGAGGGUGAAGAAUCCAUUGAUGAUGAGUUGGAGAUUGAUGAAGAAAAUCCCGAGAAUUAUCCCUAUGACGGUUGCCAGGGUGAAUCGUGGUAUGCGUGCGACCCGUGGAAAUAUUAG